UCAGAGCCAGCUAAUUCCAUUUCAAGUUUCAACCGACACCAAACACGCCACUAGCCUUCUCUCAACAGUUCCACUUUCUUUCAUUGCACAGAACAGAGGAAGAAGAAGAAAAAAUCCAGAGAAAGCAAAGAGAAAAACACAGUGAAUGAAAUCAUGGGUUCUUCAUUGCUAGAGAGAUCCUUGUUUACUUCUUCAUCUUCUCCCUUACGCAACAGUUUUCACCAGAAGCAGAGCGGGUUCUUGAUCACCCCUGCGCAGCUGGUUCCUCUUGAUAACAGAAGAGUGGUGAGAUUCAGGAAGAUUUCCAAGUUCCCUGUUGCUGCUAUCAGUGAGGAUUUGGUGAAGGGGUCUUCUUCUUCUUCAUCUUCCUCAUCCUCAUCCUCUGCUCCUCUUUCAUCAUUUUCUUCACCUUCUCCUCUGCCUCCUCCUGUUCCUGAAGACAAACCGGUCAAAUUCAAGGUCAGAGCUGUGGUCACAGUGAGGAACAAGAUCAAAGAGGAUUUCAAAGAAUCAAUCGCCAAACAGCUUGAUGCUUUAACUGAUAGGAUUGGCAGGAACGUUGUUCUUGAGCUUUUCAGCACUGAAAUUGAUCCAAAAACCAAAGCUGCAAAGAAGAGUAAGGAAGCAGUGUUGAAGGAUUGGGCAAAGAAAUCCAACAUCAAAGCAGAGAGAGUAAAUUACACAGCUGAAUUCAUUGUGGACUCCAAUUUUGGUGAACCAGGAGCAAUUACUGUGAUAAACAAUCACCAGAAAGAGUUCUUUUUGGAAAAUAUUACUAUUGAAGGAUUUGCAAGUGGUGCAGUCCAUUUCCCGUGCAACUCGUGGGUUCAAGCAAGAAAAGAUCAUCCUGGAAAGAGAAUUUUCUUUUCUAACAAGCCUUAUUUACCUGGAGAUACCCCUGCUGGGUUAAGACUAUUGAGGGAGAAAGAGCUGAGAAAUCUCAGAGGUGAUGGCAAAGGAGCUAGAAAAUUAUCUGACAGAAUAUAUGACUAUGAGAUAUACAAUGACUUGGGAAAUCCAGAUAAAGGAGUUGACCUUGCUAGACCAGUUCUUGGAGGAUCUGAUAUGUAUCCAUACCCAAGACGGUGUCGCACUGGCCGUGAACCAAGUGAUACAGAUAUGUAUUCAGAGAGUCGUGUGGAGAAGCCACAGCCUAUGUAUGUACCAAGAGAUGAACGAUUUGAGGAGUCUAAGCAGAACACCUUUGUUGUGAAGAGGCUUAAGGCAGUGCUCCAUAGCUUAAUUCCGAGCCUUAAGGCGAGCCUUUCUGUUAACAAUCAAGACUUCAAUGAUUUCUCAGAUGUUGAUGGCCUUUACAGUAAAGGGUUGCUCAUUAAGUUGGGGUUACAAGAUGACCUUUUGAAGAAACUCCCACCAAAAGUUGUGACCAAGAUCCAAGAAUCCAGCCAGGGACUUCUUAAAUAUGAUACUCCCUUGAUCAUACAAAAGGACAGAUUUGCCUGGCUGCGAGAUGACGAAUUUGCCCGCCAAGCCAUAGCUGGAGUUAACCCUGUUACCAUUGAGAAGCUUGAAGUAUUUCCACCUGUUAGCAAGUUAGACCCUGAAGUGUAUGGUCCACUAGAGUCUGCUCUUAAAGAAGAGCACAUUUUGAGCCAACUUAAUGGCAUGACUGUUCAAGAGGCAAUAGAUGAAAAUAAGCUGUUCAUUGUUGAUUAUCAUGAUGUCUACCUUCCAUUUCUUGAAAGGAUUAAUGCCCUGGAUGGUAGAAAAUCAUAUGCUACCCGAACCAUCUAUUACUUGACUCCUCUUGGCACUCUGAAGCCUGUGGCUAUAGAACUUAGCUUGCCUCCAUCUGGACCAAGUUCGCGAUCAAAACGUGUUGUUACCCCUGCUGUAGAUGCAACUACUAAUUGGACUUGGAUGCUUGCCAAGGCCCAUGUCUGCUCCAAUGAUGCUGGGGUGCACCAACUCGUCAACCAUUGGUUACGCACACACGCCUGCACGGAACCAUUUAUAUUGGCGGCUCAUCGGCAUUUGAGUGCUAUGCAUCCUAUUUUCAAGUUAUUGGAUCCACACAUGAGGUACACAUUGGAGAUCAACGCCUUGGCUCGCCAGAGCUUGAUCAAUGCGGAUGGUAUCAUUGAGUCUUGCUUCACUCCCGGUCGCUACUGCAUGGAGGUUAGUUCUGCCGCUUACAAAAACUUGUGGCGCUUUGACAUGGAUAGCCUCCCUGCAGAUCUCAUCCGCAGGGGAAUGGCAGUGCCUGACCCAACAGAACCACAUGGUCUAAAGCUCACAAUGAAAGACUACCCUUAUGCAGAAGAUGGGAUACUAAUCUGGUCUGCAAUAGAAAAUUGGAUUCGUACCUAUGUGAACUAUUACUACCCACAUUCAAGCAUGAUAAGCAAUGAUAGGGAGCUACAAGCUUGGUACUCUGAGUCAGUGAAUGUGGGACAUGCUGAUAAGAGGCAUGAGAGCUGGUGGCCCACAUUGAACAACAGUGAGAAUCUUGUCUCUGUCCUCUCCAUUUUGAUCUGGAAUGCAUCUGCACAGCAUGCUGCUCUUAACUUUGGACAGUAUCCUUAUGGUGGUUAUGUGCCUAAUCGUCCCCCGAUGAUGCGAAGAUUAAUUCCAGAAGAAGGUGACCCUGAAUAUGCAAGUUUCCUAGCUGACCCUCAGAAGUAUUUUCUGAAUGCACUGCCUAGUGUGUUGCAGGCUUCAAAAUACAUGGCUAUAAUUGACACUCUCUCUACUCACUCACCUGAUGAGGAGUACUUGGGAGAGCGGCAGCAGCCAUCAGUUUGGUCCGGUGAUGCUGAUAUCGUUGAGGCAUUCUACGACUUCUCUGCACAGAUCCAGCAGAUAGAGAAGGUGAUUGAUAGUAGGAACUCCGACCGGAAUCUAAGGAACCGUUGUGGUGCAGGGGUGUUGCCUUAUGAGUUACUUGCACCUAGCUCUGGACCUGGUGUUACAUGCAGAGGGGUUCCUAACAGUGUGUCCACAUAAAAAUAUCCUUUAAGGUAAUUAAUAAAUAAUGGAGCCAGCUCACAAUUUAAUAAGCAUUAUGUUUGGCUUAGUAGUAACUACUAUGGUCAUUGAUUCAGUUGAAGAAAUGAAAUGGCUCAUUUUGUACUUAGAUUUAAUUUGAUAAGUUAUAGUAGAUAUUGGUAACUUAGUGUUGUAUAGACUAUCAUAAUUGAGAUCAGUGGUGUUGGACUGUUUAUAAAGUCAUCAUUACUAUUA